AUGGCAUCCCUGGAAAAGCGCCCAGAGAUAAUCGAGCUGUCACGCGGCCUCCAAGGCGUCCCGCAAUGCGAGGACUACGAGCGUAUGAUAUCAGGCAUGAUGUACAAUCCGACCAUCCCGAAGUUGGUAGAGGCGCGUCACAGGUGUAGAGGUCUGACGGCUGAUCUUAACAACUUCGAUACAAAGACCGUCUCCUAUGAUCAACUGGCAGAUACACGUCUGGAGCUUUUACGUAAACUUCUAGGCAGCGUUGGUGACGGUACAUUUGUGGAGACCCCGUUUAUGCCAGAUUAUGGAUGCAAUACAAUUAUUGGCAAGAAUUGCUUUAUCAACUGGAAUGUCACGAUUCUGGAUACAAGCUUGGUUGUCAUUGGUGAUCGAGUUCAGAUUGGAACUGGAGUGAGCAUCUUCACUGCCGGUCACGAUACGAGUGUCCUGUCCCGGCAGAAAUUUGUGGAAUUCGGCCAUCCUGUUUUCAUUGAAGAUGAUUGCUGGAUUGGAGGCAACGCAAUCAUUCUCCCCGGUGUUCGCAUUGGCAAGGGCUGCACAAUUGGCGCUGGAUCUAUCGUUACUAAGGAUAUCCCACCUUACUCUGUUGCAGUAGGGAGUCCGUGCAAGGUGAUAAAGAGUAUUCCUUCAGUUGAGGAAGAAGAGCAAGAUCCAAAUAACCCGUACAGGGAUUUGGUCCGUGACAUCUAG